AUGUAUCUUUUUCCUAUCUAUGUCUAUCUAUUUAUCUAUCUAUCUAUCGUCCAUUCUUUCUUUUUCUAUAUAUCUAACUUCCUUUCUUUCUUUCUGUUUAUCUAUUUAUGUGUCUUUUUUCUAUCUAUCUAUCUAUCUAUCUAUCUAUCUAUCUAUCUAUCUAUCGUUCUUUCUUUUCCUUUUUCUUUUUCUUCCUUUCUCUCUCUCUCUCUCUUUCUUUCUUUCUUUCUAUAUCUGUUUCUAUCAUUAUCUUUCUACGUCUUUGAUAUACACUAUGUCUGCCUAUCUAUCUAUCUAUCUAUCUAUCUAUCUAUCUAUCUAUCUAUCUAUCUAUCGUUCAUUUUUCUAUCUUCCUUUUUCUUUCUUUCUUUCUUUCUUUCUUUCUUUCUAUUUAUGUAUGAUUUUCCUAUGUCUAUAUAUCUAUUAAACUAUCUGUCGUUCGUUCUUUCUUUUUCUAUCUACUUUUCUUUUUUUUCUAUUUUGUAUCUUUUCAAUCUUUAUUAUUCUAUCUUUUUCUAUAUCGCUAUAUCAAUCUAUUUUUCUUUCUUUCUAUUUAUGAAUCUUUUUUCUAUCUAUGAAUAUUUAUCUAUCUAUCGUUCUUUCUAUUUCUAUCAAUCUAUCUUUCUUUCUUUUUUCUAUCUCUCUUUUUCUCUCUUAUCUAUCUUUAUUUUUCUAUUUUCCUAUCUAUGUCUAUAUAUCAGUCUAUCUUUCUUCAUUCAAUUUAUCUAUUUACGUAUCUUUUUUCGAUAUAUGUCUAUCUAUUCAUCUAUCUAUCCUUCUUUCCUUUUUCUUUCUAUCCAUCUUUCUUUUUUCUUUUUCCUUCUUUCUUUUUUCUUUCUUUUUCCUUCUUUCUUUUUUCUUUCUUUUUCCUUCUUUCUUUUUUUUCUUUCUCUCUUUAUUUCUCUUUUUUCCCAUAUUUACUAUGUUUAUUUUUCUACUAUCUAA